AUGGAAGAGGAAUGUACAGUUACCGUCCCAACUCUCCCCCACUCUCACCCCGAAAAACAAAACAGACCCCGUCUCGAAGCUUCGUUUAUUGCCUGCAUUCCAGCCUUCAUUCUCUUGGUGUUCCAUGCCACGUUGAUGAAAUUAAUAUCACGCCCACCUGACUGUUUACAAGCAAGGCAGGACAGCAUUGUCAUCAAUAACUCCAGCGCAGUAUCGUGGUCGUCGUCGUUUCUCAAACAUGCCAUAGAGUAUGAUGUAUCCUUGAACCAGGUCGAGUACCGAGCCCUCCGGGCGGUUCCAGUCUCACCUCAUCAUGAGCCUCCACAAUCAACAUGGAACACCCAACCAAAGCAAAACAACUAUCGUGGGCCCUCCACAGGCGCCCACCGCCCACCAAGUCCUCUUAACACCAAAGCUCAAGGAAAAGCUUGGACGCCAAUGUGGACAGCUCCAGGAGUGGGGGCCGGAUCUUCCGUCGUAAUCCUGGAGCUCCCCUCCCCCACUCUGUCGCAAACAUCGUGA